AUGGCAUCGGUUGCUCGCUCGACGCUGCUACGGCAGUCUGCCCUCCUCGCCGGCCCCGUCUCACAAUCUGCGGCGUCGACAACCCGGGCUGGCCCGUCCCUGAUCGCUUCCGCCCGCCCAAAGUCUCUCGCGAGGCCGACCACCAGCGUUGCCCAGAUUGCUGCUUUCCAUGCCAGCAGCCGAAGAAACAUCCUACCGCCUCUUCCUCAAACCGUGCAAGGCACAGUCAACGAUCCCGCGCCUGUCCCCGCCCCGUCGCCUUCACACGGCCAUUACCACUGGACAUUUGAGAGACUCCUCGCUGCCGGUCUGGUCCCCCUGACCGUUGCUCCGUUUGCGGCUGGCUCGCUGAACCCGACUACCGACGCCAUCCUGUGCGCGGCGCUCGUCAUCCACUCGCACAUGGGCUUCCAAUCUAUCAUCAUCGACUACGUUCCCUCAAAGAGGUUGCCGAAGACCCGCAAGCUGUUUUGGUAUGGGUUGAACGCUGCCACUGUUCUAGUCGGCAUUGGCCUGUACGAAUUCGAGACAACGGACGUUGGUUUGACGGAGGCUAUCAAGCGGAUUUGGGCAGCAUGA